AUGGCGGCCUUUGCCUACCACCUUGCAACCCUGUUCACGUCUCUACAGGCCCAUCCUGCUGUCUUCUUUUCUAUCUUCUUCCUCCUUCAUCCUUCAGUGAAUUCAAUUCAUUUCCAACUAAAUCGGUUUGAUCCCAGUGCAACCGACAUAGUUUAUGAAGGGGAUGCAGUACCUUCUGUUGGAGCGAUUGAGUUUAACAAAGUCAAUUACAUAAACCGUAAAAAUUAUGGCCAUGGACUCGUGUUCUUCCUGGCGCCUCUUGAUUUUGACAUCCCACCCAACUCAGGCGGUGGCUUCCUGGGCUUGUUCAACACCACCACUAGCGAUUCGCCCAAGAACCAGAUAGUUACGGUUGAGUUUGACUCCUUUGUGAAUCCUGAAUGGGAUCGUUCGUAUGAACAUGUUGGGAUCAACAACAAUUCGAUAUCUUCUGCUGUGAACACUCCUUGGAACGCUAGCCUUCACAGCGGGGACACAGCCAAUGUUUGGAUCACCUAUAACGCAACCACUCAAAAUCUCAGCGUGUUCUGGUCCUAUGAUGCAACUUCAACGCCUCCCCUAAAUUCUAGUCUUUCUUACCGGAUUGACCUCAGGGAGGCUGUAUCCGAGUGGGUGAAGGUUGGAUUUUCAGCUGCUACGAGUCAAUACGUAGAGCGACAUACGCUUGAGUCAUGGGAGUUCAGUUCAACUCUAGAUACACCAGAGGCAAGUGGGAAUACCACUAAAAGAAACAGAGUAAUAGUGGGUGUUACUGUUCCAGUUUGUACUUUGGUUUUGAUGGCGAUCAUAGCAUCUAUAGUUUCGUGGAAGAGGAAGCAUACUAAUAGAGAAGCAACAACAGAGAGAAAUAAUACGACAUCGAUCAAUUACGAUCUCGAGAGAGGCGCGGGACCCAGGAGGUAUUCUUACAAAGAUCUAUCUUCCGCUACUAGCAAUUUCUCGAGCGAAAGAAAGCUGGGUCAGGGAGGAUUUGGAGAAGUUUACAAGGGCUGCCUCAAUGAUUUGGACAUGGCCGUGGCAGUGAAGAAAAUCUCGAGAGGGUCUAAGCAGGGAAGAAAGGAGUACAUAACAGAGGUGAAGAUUAUCAGCCGAUUAAGGCACCGAAAUUUGGUGCAGCUCGUGGGUUGGUGCCACGACCGUGGGGAGUUUCUUCUAGUCUAUGAGUUCAUGCCAAACGGAAGCCUCGAUAACCACCUCUUCAGUAAGAAUAGGAGUCCUGUCACUUGGGCUGUGAGAUACAAGAUAUCUCUUGGUUUAGCCUCUGCUUUGCUCUAUCUCCACGAAGAGUGGGAGCAAUGUGUGGUACACCGCGACAUUAAGUCCAGCAACGUAAUGCUAGAUUCGAGCUUCAACGUCAAGCUUGGAGACUUCGGGUUAGCCCGGUUCAUGGACCACGAAGUAGGUCCUCAAACAACUGGCCUGGCUGGGACUUUUGGGUACAUGGCGCCGGAAUAUAUUAGCACAGGCAAGGCGAGUAAAGAGUCGGACGUUUAUAGCUUCGGGGUGGUGGCGCUAGAGAUUGCUACAGGGCGAAAAUCAUUGGAUCCACUGGAAGGUGAUUCUCAAAUUGGGUUGGUGGAGUGGGUAUGGGAUCUGUAUGGCAAAGAACAGCUCCAGUCGUGUGUGGAUGAAAGGCUUCACACGAACUUCGAUGCCAAACAAGUGGAGUGCUUGAUGAUUGUCGGGCUGUGGUGUGCUCACCCAGACCGGAGCUUGAGGCCGUCGAUAAGGCAAGCAAUGCAUGUACUCAAUUUUGAGGCGGCGAUGCCGAGUCUUCCCACAAAGAUGCCUGUGCCGGUGUACCAUGCGCCAAGUGCAUCAACUAGUUCUGGUGAGCCUUCAAUAACCUAA